UGACGUCGAACGUCAAAAUAAACUUGUGAAAGUCGUGUUGUUUUGAACAUGUUUUGAAUAUAUUUAUGUAAAAAUGUAUUUAAUUAUAUUACUUCUGUUUACAUACGUAAGCUAUGGAUCUGCGUUGUUCCCCUUCGUGUAUCCUAGGAUUGAACUGGCAGCGUUCCCUGGAGGUGCCGGUACACCAUUAUAUAUCACUCCUUUUUUGAAUAACGGAUCUAUAGACGCCGCGCAGGAACUGUCCAGGGUAUCUUUGACUACCAAACUCGGUUUCGAGAGCCAUGCCGGUUUUUUCACUGUGGAUGAACAUUAUCAAUCUAACCUGUACUUCUGGUACUUCCCGACGUUUUCCGAAGAUCCAAAUGCGCCAGUUAUUUUAUGGUUGCAAGGCGGGCCCGGCGGAAGCUCCUUGUUCGGACUUUUUACAGAAAUAGGACCUUUGAUAGCUACUAAAAAUGGCUUUAAGUUAAGGAAGCACCACUGGGCACUGAACAGCCAUCUUAUUUUCAUAGACAAUCCUGUUGGCACUGGUUUUAGUUUUACUAACAGUGAAGAGGGUUACUGUACGGAUCAAGACUGUGUCGCUCGCGGCUUGUACAAUGCUAUGCAGCAAUUCUUCACUCUCUUUCCUAAUUUAAGAAGUCACAAGUUUUUCAUAACUGGUGAAUCUUAUGCUGGAAAAUAUAUACCCGCUUUAGGUAUGGAGAUACAUAAUCAAAAUCCUGUAGCUGAUAAUAAAAUUAAUCUACAGGGUAUGGCAAUGGGAAAUGCUUACUGCGACCCUGUUCACCAACUAGAUUACGGUAACUACUUGUAUCAACAUGGACUUUUAGAUAAACACCAACUACAAGUGUUUGAGACACUUCAAGAAAAAAUUGUGAAUGAAAUAAGCAAAGAAAACUGGGUGCAAGCAGAUUUGUUAAUGGACAUAAUGAUGGAUGGAGAUGAGAAUUUCUCAUACUUCAAGAACUACACUGGUUUUGAUAACUAUUACAACUUUCUCAAAACAAGCGGAGUGGAUAUCACUAUAUUUGCUAAAUUGCUGCAGAACGAUGAAGCUCGAAAUAGCAUCCAUGUUGGUGACUUGCCGUUUCACUCCGGUAAAGAAGUGCAGUUACAUUUAGCAUUAGACAUACUGAAAUCUGUGGCACCACAUGUUCAAACAUUGCUGUCUCACUACCCAAUACUUAUAUACAAUGGACAGUUAGAUAUAAUUGUUGCUUAUCCUUUAACAGAAAAGUUUCUUCAGAACUUAGACUUCAGUGCUGCUGAGGAGUACAAAACUGCUCCAAGGAAGAUAUGGAGGGUCGGGGAUGAGGUGGCAGGGUACAGGAAGAAAGCCGGCAACUUGACAGAGGUGCUGGUGAGAAAUGCUGGGCAUAUGGUGCCACAUGAUCAGCCGAAGUGGGCAUUUGAUAUGAUCACUCGUUUUAUUCAAAGCAAAAUGUGACUUGAUCUCCAUACAUUUUGACUCUGAGUUAAAAGACUUAAAUUAUACCAAAUGGGAACAAAGUAAUAAGGUAAUAUGUUUGAAAUGUAUGUAAUAUUUUCUACUUAAUAAUUAUGAAUCUCAUUUUUACUUGAUAUGGUGUAGGAAUAGCUGGGACAUGUUUUGUAUGGAUAGUAAUAGUUUAUUACUACAGUCAAUCAAUUUACAUCCUAGGCCACUGUAGAACCUUUGCACAGUAAACUUCAAUGUAAUUUCUAUGACUAAUACACAGCUAAUAGAAUAGGGUGUCAAUAAGAUAGGGUUCUAGAGUAGCCUAGGAUUCAUUGACCAUACUUAGAUAUUAUGUAAUGAGAUAUACUAGUUUUUAUAAAUAAAAUUCAUUUUAAUUAA